AUCCAUCUGUAACUCGUUUUCAGUACGAAAAUUUAUCUCUAUAAAUGAACAUUUUCUGUCGGAGAAAUUCAGUCCUGAUUUGAAAGUGUUACAACAAAUAAUGAAAAUCUUAGAAUUAUUGCUAGGGUUUGGCAUUCUUUGCAAGACCAUAGACGCCUUGAGUAUAAAUUCGAGAAAUGUGAGCUUCAGUGUGGAAAGCGUUUUGCUAAGUUAUCAUAGUUCUACAUGUUCAACAGAAGAUGAUCCUUGGAAAAAUGGCGUUCAAAAAUUGUACGAUGGAUGUAGAACGGCGUCCAAAUCAUUCCGUGGAAAAGCAUACGAACUAGCUGAAGCGUCAGUGAAUUCAUUGGAGCAAUUUAUAACGAAAUUGAUUGAUUUCACCAGCUUCAAUUCAACAAUAAUAUCAACCAGUUCCAAAAACAUUUUACAAUCGAUGAGUAAAUGCGAUAGGGUUAAGGGGGACAACAUGAAUAUGAUUAUCGAAAUCGACAAAAUCUUUCCCAUUGUGGCCGAAGAAUACAAGUCGGUCGCCGUAAAUCUAUCGGAAUUUAUUGGUGAUGAACUGAUAUGUUCCUUCACAAAUGCCUACAGUGAUUUCGCUACCGAACUUACUAAAUUUAUGAAAGGAUUUUUACACAGUUGCCGAUUGUUCAAUUGCCAACGAAGAGUUGAUUACAAGCGUGUUCUUCAAAAGUACCAUAGUCUAACAAACACAAUGGCACUCAUUGAUCAGACACUAUUGGACGAAUGUGAAAAUGAAGUUACGCAGGAUGUGUAUGAAUCAGUUUUAGUUUUGCAUUUGGUCUACUUUUGUAUGGGACUCUCUGUAACUGGAGUCAAUAGUUGUGCAUUGGAUGUGCAGUACGAUCAUAACUGUUUCGUAUCAAAAAGCGUUAAGAAUGGAUCGUUAUCAAUUGCAACUGCACUUGAAGAAAUUCUUGAAGCUAUUUCUGCAGUUCUCUUAGCAUCCAUCACCGGCAUUAAAGAUCUGCUAAAUAGUUUCGUCAACGUAGCCACCGUCUUAAAUACGAUUGUAGAGGACGUUCUUGGACUAACCAACGAUGUGUUAGUAACGGUUGGGAAAUUAGGUCUGAAUUUAUUAAAAGCUAAAUCCGAUUUUUAAAAAUCGAAAUUAAAUGAGCAAUACUCAGCGUAAAUACUUCAGUAAGGAAAAAGAAACUUUUGCGUUAACAAGGUCACUAGAUCAGUGGAUCACUUUGUUGUACAAAGUCAAUAUGCUUGUCCGAUUAGCAACAAUUUAUGUCGUUUUUCACACUCAUUAGGUUAAGUUUUUGUGUUUAAAUAUUUACAAUAUUACAAGAAAAAUAAAAUUGCCCUUUACACUGUUCUGCUCA